AUGCACUGCGCCUGCACUACUAUCAAUCUUGAUCAUCAUCAUUUGCCAACCAUGGUUCAGCAACCUCUUCAACAGGGAGACUUGUUUUCCCGGAGAUGCAUACUUGUGAACGGGCCAGUCAUAGUCGGGGCAGGUCCUUCUGGUCUCGCAGUUGGCGCAGGACUCAGGCAGCAAGGGGUUCCCUUUGUGAUCCUGGACCGCGCAGACUGCAUUGCGUCUCUUUGGCAAAACAAGACUUAUGAUCGACUCAAACUCCAUCUCCCUAAACAGUUUUGCCAGCUACCCUAUUUCCCCUUCCCACCAAAUUUUCCAGAAUAUCCUUCGAAAUAUCAGUUUAUCGACUAUCUUGAAUCGUAUGCUAAGAAGUUUGAGAUUAGCCCCAGGUUCAAUGAGUCUGUUCAGUCGGCUAAGUAUGAUGAGAGUUGUGGGCUUUGGAGGGUUAGGACGGUGGCGGAUAACGGUGAGGUUGAGUACAUAUGUCGGUGGCUGGUGGUGGCGACAGGGGAGAAUGCAGAGAAAGUUGAACCGGAUUUCGAAGGGUUGGAUGAGUUUGGUGGUCAUGUUAUGCAUGCUUGUGACUACCGGUCUGGCGAGGCUUAUGAAGGAAAGAGAGUUUUGGUCAUAGGAUGUGGGAACUCCGGCAUGGAAGUCUCUCUUGAUCUUUGCCACCACAAUGCUUUUCCAUUCAUGGUGGUCCGAAGCUCGGUUCAUGUAUUACCAAGGGAAAUUUCAGGGAGAUCAACUUUCGAAUUGGCAACUUCGUUGAUGAAAUGGUUGCCAGUAAAGAUGGUUGAUAAAAUCCUGCUGAUUCUUGCGACAUGGACUCUCGGGAACUUAGAAAAAUACGGUAUAAAGAGGCCAUUAAUGGGCCCAUUGGAGCUCAAGAACACCCAUGGCAAAACCCCUGUUCUGGAUAUUGGUGCAUUAAAGAAAAUCAAAUCUGGGAAAAUUCAGAUAGUUCCUGGAAUCAAGAAGUUUUCAAGGGGUCUUGUCGAGCUCGUCAAUGGUGAAAAUCUUGAAAUAGAUUCAGUUAUUUUGGCAACUGGGUAUUGCAGCAACGUUCCUUCAUGGCUAAAGGAAAAUGAUUUGUUUUCAGGAGAAGGGAUGCCAACGACGCCGUUUCCAGAAGGGUGGAAAGGUAAAUCAGGGCUAUAUGCAGUUGGGUUCACAAAGAAAGGUCUGUCUGGUGCAUCUUUUGAUGCCAUUAGAGUCUCACAAGACAUUGCCAAAACUUGGAAUCAAGAAACCAGAUCACAAACCAACCAUUACGUCACCGUUUCAUGUGAUCGAAGAUGCAAUAAGUAG